AUGGCAGGGCGCUGUCCUUACCCUUCCGGAGCGGCCCCGCCGUGGCGUCGGGUAGCAACCAUGGACGCUGCGGUGCAGCAGGCGCUGCUCAACUACUACUGCCAGGAGGGGCGGUUCCAGCACGUCCGGGCCGCGGCGGACGAGGCGCUGGCGCAGCUGGGAGGGGACCCUGUGCUCCUCUUCUACCGAGCCUACGGCGCCUUGAGGGCAGGUGAUGUCCAAGAGAGUAUCCGACAGCUGGAGUCUAUUAAGAACAAACAGGAGGUGUCACUUUGUACACUGAUAGCUCUGAUGUAUGCCCAUAGAAGGAGCCCUAAUCCAGAUCGAGAUGCUAUUCUAGAGUUGGAUGCAAGACUGAAGGAACAACGUAAAACAGCAGGACAGCAGGCCCUSUACUACGCUGGCUUGUUCUUGUGGCACCUUGGUCGUGAGGACAAAGCCCGUGAAUAUGUUGAUAGAAUGAUCAAAGUUUCUGGUGGUGGUAAAGAGGGGUUAAUUUUGAAAGCAUGGCUUGAUCUCACCUGUGGUAAAGAAACUCACAUUARGAAAGCGCUGAAAUACUUCGAUGAAGCACUGCAGGAAGGCAAUGAUGUUUUUGCACUGCUUGGUAAAGCACAGUAUUUUGAGGUCCGACAGAAUUAUUCAGGAGCUCUGGAAACUGUGAACCAGAUAAUUGCAAACUUCCCAAACUUCAUUCCUGCUUUCAUAAAGAAAAUGAAGCUGCAACUGGCCUUGCAGGACUGGGAGCAGACAAUUGAAACRGCUCAUAGACUAUUGCAGAAAGAUCCCUUCAAUUUGGAAGCCAUAAGAAUGGAGGCCCUGCAUCAUCUAUGCAGGGAAGGAAAUUUAUCUGAGGCUUCAGCAAGACUGGGAGACCUAAUUAAAGCACUGAACAGAUUAGAACCACAUAAUUCUGAGCUGUUCUGUAAAAUGGCUUUAGCUUUCAGUAGAACGUGUGGCCGGAACCAGCUCAUCCUUCAGCACACACAAACCUUAGUUGAARAAGCAUUUGAUUUGGCAUCUGACAAUGCAGAAUUUGCUACUGAACUUGGCUACCAAAUGAUUUUACAAGGGAGCGUGAAGGAAGCUCUAAAAUGGUACAAGACUGCUAUGACACUUGAUGAAACAAGUGUUCCUGCAYUAACUGGAAUUAUCCAUUGUCAGCUAAUACAAGGUCAAUUAGAAGAUGCAGAGCAGCAGUUGGAGUUUCUUAACGAAAUUCARCAGUCCAUUGGGAAAUCUGGGGAAUUAUCAUUCUUACGUGCAGUCCUAGCUAUGAAAAAACAUAAGAGACAAGAAGAAGUUAUUGCCUUAUUGAAUGAUGUUCUGGAGACUCACUUUUCAUCUUUGAAAGGAUUUCCUCUUGGUGUGGAAUAUUUUGAAAAACUAAACCCUGAUUUCUUGCUAGAAGUUAUUAGAGAAUAUCUUAAUUUUUGCCCAGCACAGCCUGCAAGUCCUGGGCAGUCUCCUUCACCACUUCUCAAACACUGUGCUUCAGUUCUUGAAACUGUUGUAAAAACUGUGCCUGGUCUUCAACAAGCUCUCUUUUUAAUUGCAAAAGUGAAGUACUUGUCAGGGGACAAUGAAGCAGCCCAUAGUAAUCUACAUUACUGUCUAGAAAGGAAUCCUUCUUAUGCAGAUGCRCACUUACUGAUGGCCCAGGUGUAUUUAGCUCAAAACAAUACCAAACUAUGUUCUCAGUCCUUGGAACUUUGUCUAAGCUACAAUUUUGAGGUGAGAGAACAUCCUGUGUAUCACUUAAUUAAGGCCCAAACACAAAAGAAGAUGGGAGAAAUAUCAGAAGCUAUUAAAACCUUACAGAUGGCAAAGAAUUUGCCUGGAAUGAAAAAAACUACAGCUUCCUCCAAAAUAAAAGGAAAAAGUAUUGAAAUUGAUGCAAGUGAUCGGGUGUCUGUGUUCCUAGAGUUGGUAGAAGCACAUCGUUUGAAUGGAGAACCGCAUGAAGCUGCUAUAGUCAUCCAAGAAGCCAUUAAUGAAUUUUCUGGAACUCCCGAGGAGCUAAGAGUUGUGAUUGCAAAUGCAGAUCUGGCAAUUGCUCAAGGAGAUGUGGAACAUGCCUUGACUAUGCUCCGAAAUAUUACACCUGAACAGCCUUAUUUUAUACAAGCUAAAGAAAAAAUGGCAGAUAUUUAUCUUCAGUAUAGGAAAGAUAAGAAGUUAUAUGCUGCUUGCUAUAGUGAUCUGGUAGAAAAAUUGCCAAGUGCUCAUACUUUGCUUCUUCUCGGUGAUGCAUACAUGAACAUUCAAGAGCCUGAUGAAGCCAUAGAAGUUUAUGAGCAGGCCUUGAAGAAAAAUCCAAGAGAUGCAUCUUUAGCAAGUAAAAUUGGAAAAGCCCUAAUUAAAACACAUAACUACUCAAAGGCAAUCGGUUACUAUGAGGCUGCAGUGGUAAAUGGUCAACAGAAUUUCCUGUGCUAUGAUCUGGCUGAGCUUUUAAUGAAACUGAAGCAGUAUGAACAGGCAGAAAAAGAGCUUCAGCAAGCUUUAGAUCAUGAGCCUGUUAAUGAAUUGUCUUCUCUGAUGGAAGAUGUCCGUUACCUGGUACUUCUGGCAAAAAUUUACAGCAAAAUGGAGAAUAUUGACCAAGCUAUURUUUCAUUACAGCAGGCUCGGGAAUUACAAGGCAAAGUGCUUAAACGGGCUCAAGUGGAACAGCUGGAUGCAGUUCCUGCACAGAAACAGUUAGCAGCUGAGAUUUGUGCUGAGAUUGCAAAACAUUGGACAGCCCAGCGAAACUAUGAAAAAGCAAUUAAAUUUUACAAAGAAGCCCUUGUUCACUGUGAAACCAAUAAUAAGGCAAUGUUGGAACUUGCACGUUUGUAUCUUGCACAAGAUGAUACUGAUGCCUGUCAACAUCAGUGUUCCUUACUGCUGAAGAAUGACCAAGAUAAUGAAGCAGCAACAAUGAUGAUGGCUGAUCUCAUGUUCAGGAAGCAAGAUUAUGARCAAGCUGUUUUUCAUUUCCAGCAGCUUCUAGAACGCAAGCCAGAUAACUAUGCAACUCUCUCUCGAUUAAUUGAUCUGUUAAGAAGAGCUGGGAAACUAGAAGAAGUGCCAAGAUUUCUUUUAAUGGCUGAAAAACAUUCUUCCCGAACAAAGCUUGAACCAGGAUUUCACUACUGCAAAGGACUGUAUCUUUGGUACACAGGUGAACCAAAUGAUGCACUGCGGCAUUUUAAUAAAGCUCGAAAGGACAGCGACUGGGGACAGAACGCUGUCUACAACAUGAUUGAAAUUUGUUUGAACCCAGAUAAUGAAACUGUGGGUGGAGAAGUCUUUGAAAAUCUYGAUGCUGAUAUAGGUAAUUCCACAGAGAAGCAGGAGUCUGUGCGGUUGGCUGUAAGRACAGCAGGAAACCUGCUGAAGGAGCUCAAGCCUCAAACCAUUCAGGGUCACAUUCAGCUGCGAAUCAUGGAAAAUUAUUGUCUCAUGGCAACUAAACAAAAAUCAAGUGUUGAACAAGCACUUAACACUUUCACUGAAAUAGUUGUGGCUGAGAAGGAUCAUAUACCAGCACUUUUGGGAAUGGCCACGGCCUACAUGAUCUUAAAACAGACUCCACGAGCCAGAAAUCAGUUAAAACGGAUUUCAAAAAUGAGCUGGAAUCCCAUUGAUGCAGAGGAGUUUGAAAAGAGUUGGCUUCUGCUUGCAGAUAUAUAUAUUCAAUCUGCAAAAUAUGAUAUGGCAGGUGAACUUCUAAAACGAUGCCUUCGUCAUAACAGGUCAUGCUGCAAGGCUUAUGAAUACAUGGGAUACAUAAUGGAAAAGGAACAAGCAUAUAAGGAUGCAGCAAUAAAUUAUGAGAUGGCCUGGAAAUACGGAAACCAGACGAAUCCAACAGUAGGAUACAAGCUGGCUUUCAAUUACCUGAAAGGAAAGAGAUAUGUUGAUGCAAUCGAUGUUUGCCAUAAGGUCCUUAAAGCACAUCCAGACUAUCCAAAGAUCAAGAAGGAAAUACUGGACAAGGCCCGUGCAUCUCUAAGAAACUGAAUUCUUUUUUUCUUGUAUAACUCAUGGACUUUUGUUAAUGCAYUUUGGAAACUAUGAAUGAAGUACUGCAGUGACAGAAACCAUGUCAGCAAAAAAGUACUGUGGCUAUGAUGAAUGUAACUAUACUAGAGAUCUGGUUURUUUUUAAGAAAAAUCUGCAGCCUUGAAAGAAAUUGUAUUUGUUCUCUUUCAGGAAAGAUUACUGCUCCCAUGUGUGUUAUGURAAGUGUCAUCAUGAUAAAGUGUCAGCAGCAUUGUAAAAAUGUUUUUAACAUGUAACUCAAUGUUUUGUUGUGUUUGUUUGAAAUAACACUAAAACAACCUGCCUUAUCUAGUGGAGGUGCAUUGUUAAGAUGCUGGAUUUCAGUUUGUGUAUACCAUUAUUUCAUAAUUACAGUGUAAUCUUUAUUAGUACAGGUGUAUUUCUAAAUUAGGAGGGGUUUUUUUAGGUCUACAUAUAUUAAAGGCAUGCUUUAUUUUUUUAAAAAUCUUGAAAACAAACAGCUAUGUGUAUUGCUCUCAGUUAAAUUUACUUUUUUAAAUGAAAAUGUAACGGUACGAAUUUAGAUCCUGUGUAAAAAUUCUGUAAGGACUUUCAUAGGUCAUGCAGGUCUUACACAGAAUUUACUUUCUGCUCAUGCUGUUAUCCACCUGUCAGAUUUCCAUAAAGAGAAAUGUUCUUAAUUUUUAGUGUUUAGUCUUUCAAUGUUGUAAGUGUGGACACUAUAGUCAUUUAUGCAGAAAUUGGCACUAAUUUUGUUUAAUCUCUAUAAAACAUCUUUUUAGAGAAAUAAUUUUUAUUACAGGGGAUUGUGAUCUUGUCUCACAUACAGAAUAUACCUGGGAAUCAUUAGGACAGAAGUAGCAGGUCAUCAAUGAGUGAAAGGAAGGAGAAAGAUCACAUUUCUUUUCACUGAUGUAAAAUUUUUGAGAAAACGCUUGSACUGCUCUGUUUGGUUUUCAAACAGCACUUGAUGUUACAUGUGUCUACUAGAAAACUAAUUUUUUGGCAUGAAAAGGGAAUUCCUACUGGUAGUAAUUAAGUUUCUGUAUUUUAUAACCAAUUUGAGUUUUUAGCUUUUCCUAUUGACAUUGUGYAAAAUCACUUUCAGUUUGAUUUUUGCGUUUCUUUUUAGGACAGCUCAGUGUUAAGGCUACAAAAGGAGACUACAGUUUUAUCUAAUUUUCUUUAUCAGUAAGUGGGUGCUGUAUCUUGGGUAACUUUUUAGCCUUGUUUCCUGAAUACAUUGAGGUGCAUCACUUAGACAAUGAUGCUGCCUGCUGGUGGUUGCUAGGUCCUGCAUUCUAAUAACUUUGGAGCUGUUGGUCAGCUAAACUAAUGUGAAUAGAUGCGUCUCAGAAGGACUAGAACACUUUUACAAGAUUUGUGUGAAUAUUUGAAUUGAGAAAAGACUCAAAUAAGUGGCCUCUUCUUCCCAAGGGAUCCUUGAAACUUACGGUAUUGCUUUGUCCCUUCUGUUUGAGCACUGUCUGUGUAUGUGAGGCACAAUACAAGCCCCCUGGAUUUUGCAUGUAAGUUUUGCAGCAUGAUAGAGCUGAGAGGAGGAAGAUUUGUUAUACUAGGGAAAAACUGAUGAUAGGGGAAUGGAACAAGGAACAUGGAAAGAUCUAGAAAAUGCUGAUGCUGUGGGUAACUCUUGACAGGUGGACUGUGAGGGUCAGUAGGCUAUAAAUGAUUAAACUGUGCUCUUCUGUGGAGCUUUUUCACCCUUAAAAGAAUAAAUACUUACAGAGGCAGUUUGUAGUAAAACAGCAUUUCUUUGUACCCAGCCUUAUUCAUGCAGGAUCAAUAUGUUGUUGCUUCCUGGAUAGCGUAGGAAUAACAUUUAGCUGAAGUUUAGAAUAAAAAUAGGUGCAAGAUGUUUUCAAAAAAGGCAAGACAUCUACAUCUGAUUUGUUUUUCUCAUUAGAUAGACACUAGCCUUUCAUAAGAUAGGGUGUGACAGAUUAAGCCAUGGCAAUGGUAAAUUACAGAAAUUAAUUGAUAGAAAAAACUGAGACUUUAGGCUUUCUGUGGCUAACUUCUGGUGAAGAGUUUUAUGUAUACACCAUACAGGUAAGAUUUCUGAAUUCCUGUUAGCCAUCUUGAGCAUAUCUAGGCACUGGUGUCUUUUAAUAAAUGAAGUCWUUAAAUAAGACUACAAAUGAGACACAUCUUUGGAUUUUAAUUUAAAGAAAAGGCUCUAUGUAGUCUUUCAGAAAAAAAUCUUGCUUUAAUAUUAUAUCCUCAGAAGAAAUAAGUGUCCUUUCCAUAUCCCUUUUUGUUUAUAUAUGCCAAUUAAACUUUUCCUGUGCUUAUCUUCUUUAUUUACUUUCUCUACAGAAAAAAUGAUUUUGUGUCUUUCCUCUCUGCUUUUACUGUUUCUCACUUUAAAAAUGAGUGUUCUGGUAGUUUGGUGGCAGGUUUUAGCCCCUUUCUUAAUAAAUGGGUUUGAAUGGAAGAGACUCUGGAUGGAGGGGAAUCAGUAAUGCUAAUUUCAAAGUCAUGCACUCUUCAGUGUGAUGUUGCUUAGCAACCCAUCUUCCAGUUUUGCCUUUGAUGAAUAAAAGAGGAGAGUGAAGCUGUGGUUUCUAUUGAUUCAUUCACUGAAACUGAAAAUCUAAGCAUCUUGCAGCUAUAGCAACAUAAGCCAUAGGUGUCUCUUUUUCUUCUCUCUUGCCACCCUUUCCAUCUGUAGGUACAGAAUGCCUGGAAUAUCUUCUAGAGGAAAUAAAACAAUUAUUGGUAACACUGUACUAAAUAAUAUUUUCUGAUUUAAUUUGCUACUGCUUUUUUUAGAUUUGUAGCCAUGCUAGAAAGAUGGUCCAGGGAGUAUCGUUAGGCAGACAAAUUAGUAUAAACAGCUAAAAAUAACURAACUAGUAAGACUCUUAGCAAAAGUAGAGUAGAAGGAAUUUGAAGGUGCUUUUCCCCCCUCUUUCUGGACUAGGUUUGACUAUUGCAAGUAAUUUCUCAAAUAUGGCUACCRCAACUUUUAGAAAGGUUGUAGACUUCCUAAAAUCAAGCAGCUCUGGUUUAGUAACCUAAACUUUAAUCGUGUUAUUCAUUAGAUGAGUGAGUAGUUUUAUAAACACAAAACAGAGCUWAUUAUGUUAGACAAUUUGCUGAAGAUUUUCUGAACGACUUAAUCUUUGAACGGUGGCAUUUCAGGGAAGUCUCAAUAGUGGCAGUAGAUUCUGGCUCUUYGGAAGCUGAUGAUAAAGAGCUCAUUAA